AUGGGGUUUGGGGCUACUUGGAUGAAGUGGAUGGAGGCCUUGAUCUUUUCGAGAAAAAUGUCGGUGCUGCUGAAUGGUAGUCCUACGAAGGAGUUUGCGAUUGAGAAAGGUUUAAGGCAAGGUGACCCGUUAUCGCCGUUUCUCUUUGUUAUUGUAGUGGAGGGUUUGAAGAGUUUGGUUAGUAAGGCGGUGGAGAUCGGUGAGUAUGUUGGUUUCAAUAUAAGGAGAGCUUAUAGUGUGGAUAUCUUACAAUUUGCGGAUGGUGAUGGGAGUUGGAAGCAAGUUUGGGCUGUCAAGCCAAUUUUAAGAGAUUUUGAGAUUGUUUUGGGUCUUGGGAUCAACUACCACAAAAGUAAACUUAUUGGUAUCAACGUUAGUGAUAAUUUCUUGGAUAUUGCUUCUAACUUUUUGUCUUGUAGGAGGGAGGAAAAUCAUUUUACUUUCCUUGGUAUUCCUAUAGGCGCCCAAAAAGGUUUCUUUGGGGCGGAUCGAGUGAAGGAAGGAAAAUUAUUUGGAUUUAUUAUCGGUAACGGUUUCAACACUUCUUUUUGGCAAUCGCGUUGGAUGGAUAAUAAUUGUUUGAUGGAUUUAUUUUCGGUGGCGUAUAAUCUUUUAGAGUUGAAGUAUAUGGCGGUAGCGGGUAUGGGCAGUUGGAUCAAUGACGUUUGGGUUAGGGUGGACUUUGGCAUUCGGUGGUUUAGCAGCCCGACAGCUGUUUCUGUUGUGCAGCGGCUGCAUCAGUUUUUGUGUACUGUGCAGCCCGUGUUUUCGGCUAGGGACAUUGUUGCUUGGCUUCCGGAUCCGGACAACUGGUUUUCAGUUAGGAGAUGCUAUGCUAUUUCAGAUAAAUUUCAUGUUCCUAUGGAUCUAGAGAAGGAGUUCUCUAAAGUCUUUAAACUUAUAUGGAACUUAGAUGUGCCUCAAAAGAUUACGUCAUUUGAUUGGAAAUGUUUUAUCAAUAGAAUGCCUACAAGGGAUCUUCUCCUCUUGAGAGGUAUUUCUUUCCUUUCUUCUAUUGGUUGUGUUUUUUUGCGGAUUGGAGAGGGAAUCUUUGACACAUAUUUUGUUUAA